ACUCAUCAUACUACGAUUCAUACCCGUCCGAUGCAGAGUACACUUGCGGCGAGGACGUUGCACAACCAACGACACAACACUCAUAAAACUGCUAACGACAUCCACCGCUUCCAAUCCCGGACCUUCCGAAAAGUCAGCAGCAAGCAUCAAACAUGUCAGCGACACCCAGCAGAGGAUUCACCUACCCUCCUUCCCUCGCCCCCUACAACAUCUCUCCAGCAGCCUACCUCGCCGCCAACCCGGGCUUGAAGGGCCUCGUGGUGAGCGCCAUCAUCAUCCACAACAGCCGGGUCCUCCUCAUCCAGCGCGCCGCACACGACGGGUUUCCUUUGAAAUGGGAAUGCCCCGGGGGCGGGGUCGACACCACCGACGCAACCAUCUUACACGCCGUCUGCCGAGAGGUGCACGAGGAGACGGGGCUCGUCGUCACCAGGCUAGGUGAAAAGGUGAAUGUACUGGACUUUGAUGGCUGGGAAAAUGGCGCCAAGUGGACAAAGAUAACCUUUCUGGUUGUGCUGGAUGACGGAGACGAGGCGGUGGUGCGGCUCAAUGCUCAGGAGCAUCAGGAUGCGGUGUGGGCUACAGAUGCAGAAGUGGCUUCUGGAAUGUGUGAAGGGAGGGAGAUUGUGUUUGCCUACGGGGACCAGAAGCAGUUGGUUCUGGAUGCUUUGAGUGCCAAUGGCAAGUGAUCAUUCGGCGGCACUGGAGACUAGAGAUGUCCUCAGACAAGGUUGUCCACGUCGGAUAUCCCAGUAGCCAGUGCGUGUAACACAUCUCCGCUGCAUAUGCAUGUAAAACCACAGAUCACUUCCUAAUCGAAUCCGAUGCUACUGAGUUGGUUGGCUUUCAGCCGGUGCGGCGUGUCAAGCUGAGCUUUUCAGCUACUGAACGGUAAUCCACUGGCUGCGGGUCAUCUAGUUAUCGCUUCCUGCCAAUCCCAGCGUCUUCACACACCCGACUUGACUUG